AACCUCGUGAAGAGGCUCAUGGAGGAGAAGACAGUGUUAGAGCAGCACGUCCUUGGUCUGGAGCUGCAGGUCCGCAGGAGUGAAGAUCCCGAGGUCCAGCGCAGGGUGGACGCCAUCGUGCCCUGCCUGGAGGAGGAAGUGUCUGCCAGACGCCGCGGUGACACUGCUGUGCGCUCGCAGCUCGAGGCGAUCAUGCGGAUCGUGGCUAUGCACGUGUUCGACGUGCCCAUGGCCCAGCUGCUUGGCCUCAAUUUCAAGCAGCUCAAUUGGGUACAGCGCCGUUCUCGCGUAAGGGCUAGGCGGGACAAAGGGACGGAGGUGGUGAGCGAGGCCGAAGUCAUCACGGCGCCGGGAGCGUGGACGCCCGACCCGACCGCCGCGCCCUUCGUUCCCCUCGCGCAGCUGCACGAGCACACCAUGAGCCUCGGCAUGCAGGGGCGGCAGAGGCACCAGCCGUUCGCGAAGCGCCGGCGGCUCUGCGACGCAGCUGCGGCGGUGGACGCGAAGACCAGCGGUGCCAUACG